AGGGUAGGAAUGAGCGCUUCCGGGUCAUCCUCCGAUUCUGAUUCUGUAUGUUGUUGAGGCUCGAGUUUGCGGUUUCUCGCUCUCGUCUUUCCUCUGUAAAUGUCGCAGUGAUGUAAAUAAGGAGAAUAUUUGAGACUCUCCAUGACAUGCUCCACCGGCCUCCGUCCCCUAGGGAUUCGACGUGAAGACUGAGGCUUGAACGUCUUUUACUAGAAAGAAGAGGAGAAUGUGGCAGAGUGUUGGUUUGACCGUGUUGGUGAUCGUGGCCACGCUGAUAUGUGUCCUCCUCUUCAUGCUCUUCGGGUGGUAUGUGGUGUGGCAGCUCUUCCUGUCUAAGUUUAAGUUCCUGCGGGAGUUGGUGGGAGACACCGGUUCUCCGCAGGCUGAAACCGAGCCCUCCGAGUCCGAGGGUGAACGCAGCUCUCCCCCGACACCCCACCACCGACCCAAAACCGCUCGCCAAAGGAUCGUCCCUCCUGACAGCACUACAUAGAGCCCUGCACCAGAUCUCCUCCAGCUCAGCAUCAUAACCGUUAUGCUAUUUUAGGUUAUUUCAUCAGUCACUGUGCUCUCCUUCACAUCUGCUCAGUCAUCAUGGCUACACUUGUUCACGGUUUUUUGUAUGAACCAGCUCAGCCACACGUCCAUGUCCCGACUAACACGCUGCUACCCUCGGCUCCGGGGCGUAUCGAUGUGUAUUUGUUAUUAUUUAACCAAUCUAUUAAUGACUCAAGCUCACAAAAAAACAGGCUGACGACCAAACUUCCAGUGUUUCUGUGAGCUAACAGCACUACUAUUCACACUGACAGCACACUGGCUCUGACAUUUAUGGAAGCCUGUUUCUGCCACGGAAUAAAAAAUUUAAAAAAG